AUGGAAAAAGACGGCCCUUCCGACGCCAUGGCGACUACAUCCGCCCUCGAGAAUCCGGGGACAUGGCAACAGACGGCUGUCAACCGCAUCCGUCGUCUCUCGUUCGGCAAUAGUCUGCGCCACUACUCUCUUCCCGAGGAUGAGGAACAAUUCUUGGAAAUGCUAGAUGACUUCCUAGCGGACCUCGAAUUCCGUCUCGACCGCUUCGAAAAAAACCUAGACGCCUCAAUCGACGAAUAUCGUACCCUAGGAACCGAAACAUUCGACCACCAGCUCGAAAAGACUUAUACUACGCUUUCGACCAUUCGCUCAGAAUGUAGUCGUGUAUCGGAUGAAAUGGUCGCCCGGGGCCGACGUAAAGCACGACUUAUUGUUGAUAUUUUGGAAGCGAGUUAUAAUGAAGCAUUGAUUGCUAAGGGAGUUUGGGAGAAUGAUUUCCAUGAUAAGGCGAAGGCUGGGUUGGCGUUUUUGAGCGAGCUGUUGGUGGAGUUUGAUCAGAGGGCGCAGGCUAGUAUGGAUAGGAAGAUUUUGAGGGCAAAGGAAAGGAUUGAGAAGGCAGUUGAGGGGGCUAGUGAGCUGGCAGAGAGCAUCGAGAAGGCUAUUGUUAAGGCUAGGGAGGGCAAGCUGUUACAAUAUACCGAUCUCCCAGCACCAUGGAAAGUCAACGCUCACAUUCUUUCUGGAUAUCGCUUCUCGGAGAAGAAGCUCGACUGCGUCCUAUCUAUGUUCACGCACAUUCACAACGAGACCUGCAAUAUCUGGACUCACUUCCUGGGCUUCCUUGGUGUGCUAGCUCUGGCAUUUUAUUUAUACCCGGCCUCGUCGAACUUUUCGAUUCAUACGACUGCGGAUAAAUAUAUCAACGCUUUGUUCUUUAUUGCAGCAGCAAAGGCUCUGGCUUGUAGCACCAUUUGGCAUACCAUGAGCAGUAUCGCCGAACUUACUACCAUGGAAAGAUUUGCCUGCGUGGAUUAUACCGGCAUUAGUUUGUUGGUUGCAUCCAGUAUUCUGACAACUGAGUACACCGCCUUUUACAACGAACCCAUCUCACGCACCCUUUACAUGUCUUUCACCGUCCUCCUCGGCACCAUCGGCGUAAUCUUCCCUUGGCGUCCAGUAUUCAACAGAACCGACUACCGAUUCUUCCGAGUCGCUUUCUACGUCUCCCUAGGAGCCUCAGGUUUCCUCCCACUGGCACAACUACUCUACACCCGCGGUGCAGCCUGGUGUCUUGGAUUCUACCUACCAAUCUUCAAGUCACUGGCCGUAUACCUCAUCGGCGCCAUGAUUUAUGCCAACCAAAUACCUGAAAGAUGGAGCCCUGGAAUGUUCGAUCUCGUGGGAGGGAGUCACAACAUCUGGCACUUGGCGGUUAUGGGAGGGGUUUGGUUUCACUGGUGUGCUUUGCAGGGAAUGUUCGUGGAUGCUUUUGAGAGGGCAGGCGUUUUGGAGAGGGUUGGUUAA